AUGGGGGUGACAGCGGGGGAAGAAGACGUGGCGUCUGACGCUGGCUGGGGCUGCAGAGUGGGCGCAAUGCUUGUUCUGCUGUUUGUGGGAUUGAUUGGAGCGUGGGUGCCUCUGGCGUUGAAGCAAUGCAAACUGAACACAAUCAUCGCCAUUCUGAACACUUUUGCCGGAGGUGCCUUCCUCGGCCUUGCGGUCUUCCACAUUAUGCCCGAGGCCGCGGAACACAUCGAGAAAGCGAACUUGUUUCUUGAGUUCGGCGAUGGCAGGUUCAACCUGGCUUACCUCUUCCUUUUCAUCGGUUACCUCGCCAUUCUCAUCUGCGAACAAAUCCUCACCGUCGACGACGACUUUGGAGCGCACGCACACGGGCACAAUGCGGGUUACGGUUCGGGAGGCGUGGAAGAGAGAGACAGCGGCGCGACCGCGCCUUGUUCCUGCGGCCGGCGAGUGAGUGUUGACCGCAGCUCGGUUCUGGAAGCCUCCCGUGGCGAAGACCAGGGGCGCGAGCGGGGAAAGAGGCUCGAUGAGAGGCCAAGUUACUCGGACGCCAAUCCCACAGAGGGAACAACCGAGUUUAGCAGUACUGUAGUAACAAUGUGUCCCUUUACCGUGGAGAGGGAAGAAAUGGCAAGAGAAGGACUCGAAGAGGGACACGAACAAACUGGCUCGGACCAUCGGCGGGAACCGGGCGCCUCGGAGCACGUUCGCCCACAGGAGAGGACCCAGAAAGGCGUCUUCAACGCACGUCCCAGUGAAGAACAAAGUGGCAGACAUCAAAAGAUGAGCGCAGUCGUUCCACAGAGUCAGGAGGAAGGAAGCCUGACAGAACUGGAGGGAGGACCGAGAGGAGACGAACUUGAAUUAUCGCCACGUCGUUGCAGAUGCGCUCCAAGAUUCAACUUUGACGGGACUUCGUUCUUUUUGAUGAUUGCGCUCGCCAUUCACGGAUUGUUCGAAGGAAUGAUCGUUGGGGCGGAGUCGAAUCUGAUUUCAGUUUGGCUGGUGACAAGUGUCAUCUCUGGCCACAAAUGGGCAGAGUCGCUCAUGCUCAUGUCCCAGUUCAUCGCCCGCGGCAUGGCGACACGGUGGUGCUGGAUCCUGAUGGCGGUUUUCGUUGUCUCCUCCCCUCUGGGCGUUUUGAUUGGCCUCGGCCUGCGCAGUGAAGGCGAGGUCGCUUCGGGCGUCGCAAACGCUCUGGGUGCAGGAACGCUUCUUUAUGUGGCCGCAGAGACUUCAACGAGUGUCUUCGCCGGGUCCCGUGCGAAACGGGUCGGCCAGCUCAUCGUGUAUUGCCUAGGGGCCAGCAUGGUCCUCGGUCUUACUGUUCUCGAUCUGGCCCUAGAGGCUUGA